GGAACAUCAUGGGUGUUGGGCAAUGUAUAAUACACGGCUUGACUGUAGUGAUCAGGAAGAAAUUCUCUGCCAGUCGCUUCUGGGAUGACUGCGUGAAAUACAAGUGCACGAUUAUCCAGUACAUUGGGGAGAUCUGCAGGUAUCUGCUGAACCAACCAGUUCGGGAGGCAGAAAAGCAGCAUCGGGUGCGGCUGGCGAUAGGCAACGGCUUGAGGCCCACCAUAUGGGAAGACUUCACCCAGCGCUUCCACGUUAAACAGAUUGGGGAGUUCUAUGGAGCUACAGAAUGCAACUGUAGCAUCGCCAAUCUGGAUGGCAAGGUUGGUGCCUGUGGCUUCAACAGCCGGAUCUUGCCCAACGUAUAUCCUAUCCGCUUGGUGAAAGUAAAUGAGGAAACCAUGGAGCUGAUAAGGGGUUCAAAUGGGCUUUGUAUCUCCUGCCGUCCAGGAGAGCCAGGCCUUCUUGUAGGCCGAAUAAACCAGGAAGAUCCUUUGCGCAGGUUCGAUGGCUAUGUCAAUGAGAAUGCCACCAACAAGAAAAUAGCCUAUAACGUCUUCAAGAAAGGGGACCAAGCCUACCUUUCAGGAGAUGUAUUAGUGAUGGAUGAGCUUGGCUAUAUGUACUUCAAGGACCGGAGUGGGGAUACAUUCCGAUGGCGUGGAGAAAAUGUUUCCACCACAGAGGUUGAAGGGAUCCUGAGUCACAUCCUCAGCAAAACAGAUGUUGCGGUUUAUGGGGUGGAAGUGCCAGGUAACAGGAACCAGAUUUUUCAAGUACGAGAUCAGAUCACAUGAAACACUCAAAGAUCC